CCCACGUGAUCACAACAACGACAACGCGUGUGCUUGCAGCAAAGUGUAGUGAUGUCGGCUGUGUGGAAGUAUUUUAACCUAAACUCGGACAAAGACGUUGCCACUAAAUGCAACAUUUGUCAGGCGCAAGUGUCCCGUGGAGGGACAGAACCGGGAAGGUUCAAUACAAGCAACCUCAUCGCACAUUUGAAAAAACACCACAAAAAAGAACAUGAGGAUUUUCGCGAGAGCAGCAAGGCGAAGCAACAAACCUCUAGCUCGCUUCAGCAACCCACGCUGGCCGAAAGCUUUGCAAGACAUGACAAACUACCACGGGACAGCAAAAAGGCAAUGGUCAUAACAGAAAAGAUAGCCCAGUUUAUUGUGCUUGAUGACCAGCCCCUGUCGGUGGGCUUUAGGGCAGCAGCUCAGGAUGUGCUCCAGGGAACCCCGUGCCUUGCACAGUGGACAUUCAGGUGUUUCUACUAGCCCCCUGCAAUGAAGAUUAGAUGGACUUGGGAGGACAUCAUACACUGACUGGAUCAGGAACUUGAGUCUUGCUGGUUCUGACUUCCAAAGUUCUGUCCAGGUGAUCUUCCGGGUAGAUGCGUGGUCCCAAUUUGUCCAGGCUCCUUGCUGGCAUGGCCACUGUCUUGCUCCGGCGUUCCUCCUCAACCUCUGCACGGAUCUCUCCCUGCACCAUCAGCCGUCUCUCUCGACCCUGGGCUUUGUUGUAGCGUGGUCUUGUAUGGCUACCCAGCCCAGCUCGUCCGACUGCCACAGCACCUACUAAGACGCCAUCUCUCAGCCUUGCUUCUGCCUGGUCAACGGCCUCCUGUGCCUUCCACUUCCUCCCAGUUUUGACCUUGAUGCCAGCAGAGGAGACUCUGGUGUCAGAUGAGUCUCUGUAAAGUAUAAUAUAUUAAUAUAAUAUAAUUAGAGAUGUCCGAUAAUGGCUUUUUUGCCGAUAUCCGAUAUUCCGAUAUUGUCCAACUCUUAAUUACCGAUUCCGAUAUCAACCGAUACCGAUAUAUACAGUCGUGGAAUUAACACAUUAUGCCUCAUUUUGUUGUGAUGCCCCCCGCUGGAUGCAUUAAACAAUGUAACAAGGAUUUCCAAAAUAAAUCAACUCAAGUUAUGGAAAAAAAUGCCAACAUGGCAAUGCCAUAUUUAUUAUUGAAGUCACAAAGUGCAUAAUUUUUUUUAACAUGCCU